GAUGACAGCACAUCAGGAUGCAAAAAAAUCUUCCGCUUGUUUUUCCAAUUUAUUCAACUCAGCAACAAAGCGUGUUAAUCAAUUUAUAAAAUUUCGCUAUUAAAGUUGAUUAUUUCAGUCGUUUAGGAAGAAAUUGUACUUAUUGCAGUGAUUAAAUUUGUUUACUGUGUGAAGAACCCUUCAGAAAGUGUUGAAAGACAUUACCCCCAGGCUCGCGAUGGAGGACCGCAGCGGAAUCGAGCGGAUCUACGGUGGCUGUGAGGGUCCAGAUGCGAUGUACGUCAAACUGAUCUCUUCCGAUGGUCAUGAAUUCAUCGUCAAGCGGGAGCAUGCCCUCACCUCGGGAACGAUCAAGGCCAUGCUCUCCGGACCUGGACAAUUUGCGGAGAACGAGGCUAACGAGGUCAACUUCAGAGAAAUACCGUCACAUGUCCUGGAAAAGGUUUGCAUGUACUUCACCUAUAAAGUCCGUUACACCAACAGUUCUACGGAAAUUCCCGAGUUUCCCAUCGCACCGGAAAUCGCACUGGAACUGCUGAUGGCUGCUAACUUUUUAGACUGUUAGGUACUAUGUAAUAGUGCGCGUGAUCGAUCGAGAGUAUAAGAGAAUGAGCGAAGGAAACUGCAGAUUGGGUAUUGGCAUAAGAAGACUCGAACAACACUCAUAAAUCAAAAGCAUACACUUUGUCAUCAAUAUCGUAGGUACCGGGGUGUAAAGAACCAGACGAACUCACAACGAUGACUGCGAAUACUCGCACUUUCAUUGUGAUGUUGUUUCGACAAACAGAAUACUAUUUGAAAUCUAGCAGAUCAGUUCGAAAGGUUGCAAUUCUAAGUAGCUUUGUUUCAAAUACAUAACGUGUUGAAAAUAGCAAGAAAGUAGUGUAAACGAGGGGUUUCUAACAAACUGCAGGUUCACCUUUGGAAAUGAUUUGCUAGAAUUGAAUCUACCUAUAAUCUUUACCGCCUUAACAAUACGAAAUGUUUUGUAUAUUUUUUUUUUGAUUUUCGAAAUGCAUUGCACAUUGUCUGAAAAUAAAUUGUUUUCAAACGAUUUGUAGAAUUUUAAGCACCAUAAUUUAUUUGUUUGUUGUUAGUUGAAGCCGGUUGACCAAGCACUCGGCUUUGGAGCAUUUUUUAAGAAAAUAUUGAUAAAUUGAAAAAAACAUUUUACUGAUCAAGCUUUUUUUCAUUGGCAUAUCCUUCGAUUGCGUGUUUCUUUAUUUCGUUUUGAUCUUUUGUUAUCAUAUAUUACACUUAUUAGAAUAAAAAUAAUUAAAAUAAUUGAGCAGGAGCUGAGCUAGGAAGCAAAUAAACGAAAGUCUUUACGUAGAAAUGGCGCUACCAGCAAGGAAUGUAUUCGAUUAAUAAAAAUUAGAGGACAAAUGGGUACAUUUGGAGAUGGAAAA